AUGGCGGCACACAAAGUGUUGAGGAAAUUAGAGCCUGCAAGACCAGCUAGCCAGCUGAAUGGAGAGACUACUUCAUCAAAGAAUUCAGGUGCAACCCGUAGUUCUGAGGGAAAUUGUGACUUUGAAGGAAAGGGAGAUCUAAAUGUAAAAUGUAAGGACAGUAAAGCUUCAAGUAACUCCCAUGGAAAACCUCAAAACAUACUGAACCAACAGGCCGAUAUCAAUAUAUUGGAGCCAGCAACACUGAAGGCUGCUGCCAAUAGUUUUGGAAUUCCCAGAGUUCUUAAGCCAAAGCACUCUCAAGAUUCCAAGACAAAGCAGCCAAUUAUCAGAGCUCAUCAAAAGACUAUUAAUUAUGAUGACACUGAUGAUCAUCAUAAGUUGACAGAUGAAGCAAGAAGGCUUCUUAAGGAAACAAGAGAGAUAGUAAACCUGAUGCAUAAAGAUUAUCACGGAAUGGGUCGCCGCAAGCCGCCCAUAAACAAUCAUGAGCCACAGCAUUGA